UUUCACAAGAACAAAGAAAAAAACAAACACAGAAACCCCCAAGAGAACUACUCUAUAUACAAAUAUUAAAACAAAGAAACUGAUCAUUGCCUUUAUGCAAAUUGAUCAGAGAAGUUGAGCAUAUAUCAUCGAUCACCUUGAUCAUUUCAACUUAGGAGCAACUAUGGGUUCUGAUAUCGAAGAUGAUGAUGAUGGUAAUAAAUUUGGUGUCAGCAGCAAGAUCAUGUAUGCCGCCAUCUUCUCCCUAUUCGCCGUCGUGGUGCUCAUCAUCAUCCUCCAUAUUUACGCCAGAUAUCUCUUAAGACGCCAAGAAAGAAGACAACGUGCUGCGCUGUAUAGGGCAACCAGUACCACUCAAGUUGCACCGGAUGAAACGCAUCAAUAUCCCACUAGCGAGCCGCAGGGAAAAGGUCUCGAUCCGUCGGUCAUAGCCUCGCUACCAAAGUUCAUUCACAAGCCAUCUGAUCAUUUUGAAGCUAUAGAGUGUUCGAUUUGCUUGAGCACCGUAGGGGAGGAGGCCACGGUCAGGCUUCUGCCAAAUUGUAAGCACAUGUUUCAUGUGGAGUGCGUUGAUAUUUGGCUUAGCUCGAACACAACUUGCCCCAUAUGCCGCACCGUGGCUGAGCCCAGGGUUCAUCCGGUGCAACCCACGGCUCCACCUGUAGAGGAUAGUAUGCCGCUGCCGCAUGGUGGUGCUGAAUCAGGCGGCUCACGAUUAAGCUCUUUUCGGAGGAUGCUUAGUAGGGAGAGAUCGUCAAGGAGGAUCCAAAGUUGUGGAGAUGAUGAAGUGGGAGCAGAAGAUCUAGAAAGACAGUGAUUGGACCUUCCUCGAAGAUAAAGUAGCUAGUACGUACUAUAUAUAGGUAUUAUUAGGCAAUUAUAUUUUUCAGAAUUCUGGGUAUAAAUAUUUGGGGUUCUAUUUUUAAUAUUGGUGCUGAGACAUUUGUAUGGCAUUCUUCCCAGUUUAUAUAAGACCCAAUAUUAUAGGAUUCA